AUGAUAAGCUCAAGAUCGCCCUGGGGGCUCCGGCUUGCAAGCUCGUCUCAUCGCUUUGCUGCGCACAACCAGAGACGGUCCAAGACUUUCGUGCGGAGAAUCGAUAAGAACAACGAGGUCUAUUACACCAUACGCAACAAGCGGCCACCAAAGUCUCCAGACUCGAUUCCUGUGCGAGAUGACUUCUUUGAGAUGCCGGAUCUGCUGCUGGAUCUCGAUGCCGAGGACAGCCGAUUUGUUCGCCCGGUAGACGAGUCUGAUGACCUCCGCUUGGAGAGGAAAUGGGACGUUAAUCCAAAACGACUCGCCGUUCAGGACCAGUUGAAAGAGCUGCAAGCUCAAAUCGCAGAGUCACGGCGCAAGGCUGACGAUAUUCUGUCGAACCCAGGCAAUAUCUGGAGGCUCAGCCCACACGACAUUCUGUCAGCUGCUCUUCGCGGCACCCCCGCCGUUGUCGAUGAGGUUCGCUCACCUACGAUGACUCCUGAACCGUCCCGUAGUCUGAAGGAACUCGCCUCGGGGCAGGAUUCUAAACUGAUUGAGACCCUUUGCCGAGAAAACGGAAUCCCCUCACAUGCACUACAAGAUGAUCGGGUGCUUAUGGAGUGGAUGUGGUUACGAUAUAAAAAUCUCCAGCGCUCCAUGGAGAAUCGAAGCGAAGAACCAUUAUCACCCGCUCAACUAUCAGAUGCUUUGAAAGACCAGACAUCCAUCCUUGGUAUUCGUCGUCUUGUGUUUCAUUGUCUAAAAUCCACUGAGGUAGCCAAGACCUAUUUUCUUAGACAAAAGGGGGCCAACAAUGGACCGAAUGUCUCAAAUGAGAUACGCAACGCCUGUUUAAGAGUUCUGGCUCAGCAUCCAGAGAAAGGGGCUACGCAUUUGGAAAUUCUGGGUUUUCUCGGAAAUCUGGCCGCAAGACUAUAUGGCCAUCAUGGGCCUGCGUUGACUGGACUAGCUUUGCGACUUUCAGCUGAAGCAGGAGUUGUGGGAGCGAUAUCUGAAUGGCUACGUCGUGGGUUUGCCGAUCAUACGUGGGAGCGAUAUCGUGCGUCGUCAGACGAUGUAGUAGAAUCACUCAAAACAUUCACUCAGCAGUUGAGCAGUGGCCUAUACGCCGUUCACGACCGACAGUUGCUAUUCCAGCUGCUGACUGGGAUUGAGCAUGAUUCCCUCUCGAACGAUUCUUUUCGCGCUCUUCCUCUAUCUUAUCUUGGCGAGCAGAGCAAAGUCUCUACAGAUGAGGCAUAUGGUAUGUAUGAAUCAUACAUCAUGCUUCUAGGUCACUUAGGAGCUGCGAGAACUCUCUGGAAGGAAUGGUAUGCUUCAAGGCCUAUCGUGGAGCGCUUCUUAAAACCAGAUGGCAGCGCCCAAAGACUUGAAUCUUUGUACAAAGCAUCGUUACGCAGCGCUCUUGGCGUGGCGGUGCCCAUGGACGCACAGGGCUUUCCCGACAUGGAGUUGAAUGAAUGCGUGGCACUGGAUUAUCAUUCAAUAGGCGCACAAGAUAGCGCUUCAUGGUUUGCCAGCGGAGCGGAAACAACCAGGUCGGGCGAAUCUAAUGGCAAUGCUUCUCCGGAAUUGCCGUCUUUCAAUCUACCUCUUGAUGAGUGGACUGGGCGAAUCGACCACAUAAUUCGCCAGUAUCCUUUGCCUUCUCAGUGA